GCAGGAAGACAGGUAACUGCUGUGGUGGAGGGAACAUCAGGAAAGCAGCCCAGGACCCCAGAGGCCCGCAGGGUCAAUGGUACCUUAAGGAAGCAAAAUUUUCCAGGCACCAAGUGCUGCCCAAAGCUCAUCAUGACUCUCGCCUGAAACUGACACUGAGAACUCUGCUCGCUUUCCACUGACCAUCAGACACUGGACACUGUUUUAUUGUCACCAUCUCAAAGAAAGGCAUAAGAGUAUAAGAUUGGACAUAGUAAAGUUUCUAAGAUUUUUCAGUUCCAGUAAGGAAAUUUGAGCGAAGACAUGGACUGGAAUGGAACCUCCACCGACUUCAUUCUUCUGGGGCUCUUUCCGGGGUUCAGGCACCCUAAGCUGCUGAUUCUCGUCAUUCUACUCAUCUACACCACUGCCUUCGCUGGGAAUUCUGUCCUGCUCGUGCUCAUCUGGCUGGACCCCCGCCUGCACACGCCCAUGUACUUCCUGCUCAGCCAGCUCUCUGUCAUUGACCUGGCUUACAUCUCCAGCACAGUGCCCAAGACAGCGGCCAACUACUUCCAAGGGAGCAGGAGCAUUUCCUACUUUGCCUGUGCUGCUCAAAUGUUUUCCUUCCUCACCCUCGGCCUGGCGGAGUGCAUCCUGCUGACCCUCAUGGCCUAUGACCGUUACGUGGCUGUCUGUAACCCUCUGAGGUACGCCGUCCUCAUGAGGCCCCAGGUCUGUCUGCAGAUGGCUGCCGCAGUGUGGACUGGAGCCGCCCUGGCAGCCCUAGUCCACACCGUCUACCCGAUGCAUUUCCCCAUCUGCGGCUCCAGGGAGAUCAAUCACUACUUCUGCGAGAUGCCUGCCAUUCUGAGAAUGUCUUGUGCGGACACCUCAGUGUAUGAGAUGGUGAAAUUUGUGUCCACCGUUGUGUUUCUCCUGGUCCCAUUUAGUCUCAUCCUGGCCUCCUACGCGCUCAUAUUCCUCACCGUCCUGAGGAUGAGCUCUCGCAAGGGGAGGAACAAAGCCCUGGCCACCUGCUCCUCCCACCUGACUGUAGUGAGCCUCUACUUUGGCCAAGCCAUCUUCAUCUAUAUGACACCCACCUCUGCCCACACUCCCGAGCAAGACCAGGUGGGAGCCGUGCUCGGCACCAUAGUGACCCCCAUGCUCAACCCGCUCAUCUACAGCCUGAGGAACAAAGAAGUGGUAGGGGCCCUGAGGAAAUGCACGGGGAGGGGCCGCGACUGCAAAAAGUGCCCGAUUCCGCAGCACGGGGCUCAGAAAUGUUCUAUCUGCAGCUUUCAGAGCGUCCAUAAUCAAGUCAAACCCUAGCCAUGUCUGGUUAUACAACUUGAGGAGGCGCGGGCAGGCGUCAGGACUCAUGUAGACUGGCAUUGGCAAUGACUUCAUGUGAGUGCAGCCUUAAUAAACAUUACUUGCUAAGGAAUGUGUAGAUUUUGACAAUAUUAUUGGUGCAGAGGUAAAUGCUUUC